CUCCUACUUGAGAAGGGUGCUGCUGUUAAAUCGAAUGAUAGUAUUAGUCGGACGCCGCUAUUGUGGGCUGCUGGGAGAGGACAUGAGGCUGUGGUACGACUCUUAGUCGAUAAUGGUGCCGCUAUAGAGUCAGAGGAUAGUAAUGGUCGGACGCCGCUAUGGUGGGCUGAACUGGGAGGGCAAGAGGUCGUAGUGCGACUGUUG